ACUUGCUCUAGAAGGUGGACGCCCGUAGGAGAGAGAGAGAAAAAGAGAGAGAGAAAGAGAGAAAAAAGAAAAAGAGAGAGAGAGAGAGAGUGUAAAGAGAUAAAUAGAGAGAGAGAGAGAGAUGGUCUGCGUUGGAUUCCAGAAGUGGGCGGGGCUGUUGUUGGUGGGCGUGCUUCUCCGGCAGGUCGACGCCCGGGGUUUCGAAGGCAUUCCCGGGAACUUUUGUAGGAACAGGAAGCCCUCCGAAUGCUGCGACGACCGCCAUGAUGACUGCGCUGUGCCCAUCCUCGGGACUCUGUGCUACUGCGACGAGUUCUGCCUCACCGGGGACGCGAAGCACGACGACUGCUGCCCCGACUUCCGCGAAGUGUGCCUCGGGUACAAGCCGGGGAUUCCCCUCCCCCCCGCCGAACUCGGGGAUGAUCCGGCCGUGCAGCAGAAAGCAUGCGUAGUGGACGGCAGAGAAAUUCCUUUCGGUGGAUCCAAGGCCUUCAACUGCAACGAAUGCAAGUGCGACGGACCCGAGGCCGAGUGCGAGGACGACCCCUGCAUGGUGGACGAGGCGCUGAUAACGGAGAUAAACCAAGGGGCGCGACGCUACGGCUGGAGGGCCUCGAACUACACGCAGUUCUGGGGCAGGAAGGCGAGCGACGGACUGAGGCUGAGGACGGGCACCUUCAUCCCCGACGAGUGGUCGGCGAAAAUGUACCCGGUGACCCUACGCGUCGACGCCAGCAAGAUCCCUCGCGCAUUCAACGCCCGCAGAGCUUGGAAGGGGCGUUUGACGGGCGUGAGGGACCAGGGUUGGUGCGGGGCCUCGUGGGCGUUCUCCACCCUCGGCGUCGCUCAGGACAGGUUGAACAUCCUGGCGAAGGGAAUCACACCCGUGGCACUCUCUGCCCAGAACCUGCUGAGCUGUGCCGAGCUGGGCCAAAAGGGGUGCCAAGGAGGGCAUAUUGACCGUGCCUGGAAUUACCUGAGGAGAGUCGGCAUUGUGAUGGAGGAAUGCUACCUUUACGAGAGCGGUUGGUCGGGGAAAGUGCCAAGGUGUUCCGAGCAGAACGAAGGUAGAAAAGACGAGAACUGUAAGCCAGCUCUGAUGACUGUGUACCCCGACUUCUUCCUGUACCAAACGGGCGUGUACACCCACACGGGCCUGGGGGGGAAGGGGUCAGCCACCCACUCCGUGAAGCUCAUUGGGUGGGGCGAAGCGAGAGUCAUGGGCGUGGGCAUCGUCAAAUAUUGGCUGGCGGAGAAUUCGUGGGGGAGCAGCUGGGGAGAACGUGGCUACUUCAAAAUACGUCGUGGAUCCAACGAGUGUGGAAUCGAAUCGUUUGUGCUGGCGGUGAGGGCGCGCUUGGGGAACUUCGUCUAUGGGAGAUACUGAAAAGGAGAGAAGGAUGGAUAAAGAAAGAAAAGAGGGGGGGAAGAGGAGGAAUGGAUAAAUGUAGGGAGUGGAGAGAAAUGGAGAAAUGUAUGAUGGAUUUAAGAAGCUGAUUAAAAGAAGAAACAGUGAGUGUGGAAUUGAAUUUUUCGUCUAUGGGAGAUACUGAGAAGGAGAGAGAAGAAUGGAUAGAGAAAGAAAAGGGGGAAGAGGAGGAAUGGAGUGAAGAGAGAGAGGAGAUAGGGAGAAAUGUAUGAUGGAUAUAGGAAUAAGAUUAAAAGAAGAAAAAGUGAGUGUGGAAUCGAAUUCUUUGUGUUGGCGGUGAGGGCGCGCUUGAGGAACGUCGUCUUUGGGAGAUACUGAAAAGGAGAGAAGGAUGAAUAAAGAAAGAAAAGAGGGGAAGAGGAGGAAUGGAUAAAUGUAGGGAGUGAAGAGAGAGGAGAAUGGAGAAAUGUAUGAUGGAUAUAGGAAUGAGAUUAAAGGAAGAAACAGUGAGUGUGGAAUCGAAUCGUUUGUGCUGGCGGUGAGGGGAAGAAGAGGGGAAGAAGAGGAAUGGAUAAAUGUAGGGAGUGAAGAGAGAGGAGAAAUGGAGGAAUGUAUGAUGGAUGUAGGAAUGAGAUUAAAGGAAGAAACAGUGAGAGUGGGAAGAAUAGGGAAGAAUACCAAGAGAUAAAGAAAGAGGAAAUAGGAAAAUGUAGGAAGAAAAGACAGGAGAAAUGGAGAAAAGUAGGAAGUGAAGAAAGAAGAGAAGAAGAGAAAAAUAGGAAGAAAAGAAAGAGGAGCCUUGGAGAAAAGUAGAAAGGGAAGAAAGAGGAAAUGGAGAAAAGUAGGAAGUGAAGAAAGAGGAGAAGAAGAGAAAAAUAGGAAGAAAAGAAAGAGGAGACUUGGAGAAAAGUAGAAAGGGAAGAAAGAGGAAAUAGGGAAAUGUAGGAAGGAAAGAAAGAGGAGAAGAAGAGAAAAAUAGGAAGAAAAGAAAGAGGCGAAAUAGAGAAAAGUAGGAGGUGAAGAAAAACGAGAAAUCGAGAAAACUUAGGAAGAAAAGAAAGGAGAAAAAAUAACAAGUAAAGAAAAAGAGAUUCGCCACAAAGUAAAAAAACAAAAAAAAAAAAAAAAAACGAAAGAGAGAAUUAAAGAAAAAUAGGAAGUGAAGA